GGUUUGACGUAUUAUUUAAAAUGUCCGCUGCAAAUAAUAUAAUUUUUAAAGUGAUUUUAUUCAUAUAUAUAACUAGUUAUUUCGCCCAGAUUUUAUGUGACGAUAAUACAUUAAAAAAUGGAGAAAAUAAACCAAUUAUUUAUAAAUGUUGUAAAAUGGAAGAAGGAUUGGAAAUUAAUGGGAAUAACGUCAGCUGUACAGAUGUAUUCAGUGGAUUGAUUAAUUCGACGUACGUAUACGAUCAAAAUAUCUACGAGACAACUAAAUCCAUAGAAGAUGUCUUCCAAAUAAAAAUAUUUGAUAAUGAUUUAAAUAAUAAAGAAUAUCACUGUGAAAGUUUUCAUAUAUUAGAGAGUGGAGAACUCUUUGUUGAAAUAGAAUACCUGCAUUCUUUUACACGACGGAUUUAUAUUGCUAAGGAAAGCUAUUGUUUUGAUUAUAUACUAGAUGAAACUUUUCUUGAAACAAUCCUAACUUUUGUGCGGACAGAAACAAUUAGGAAUGAUAAUACAAAAAUUCUUUUUAAUUCCAUAUGUUUUGUGAUAUCAACUAUUUUUCUGAUAUUGUUCCUUGCGGUGUACGCGAUGUUUCCAGAGCUGCGCACACUCGGUGGUAAAGUGGCUAUGACUUGUGCUGCAUGUCUUGUGGGUGCUCACAGUGUGCAGGCUACUUUGAAUUUACUUUUAAUCUAUUCAUCAAUAUCAGUCUCAUUCUGCAUCGUGCUCCCAACUCUGACAUAUUUCUUUUUCAUGGGAACUGCAUUCUGGAUGAAUGUAAUGUCAUACGAUUUGUGGUGGACGUUUCGAGGGAUUGUUAAGGCUCGUAAGAUAAAUCGUCGCGGUGAGACGUUCAAGUAUUGUAUGUAUAGCGUCUACGGAUGGGGAAUGACAUUAGGUUUGACAAUAUUCAUGGUGACAAUGAAUGAAUAUCCACCAGCUGGCGCUAUCAGUCCCAGCAUUGGACAAUUCUCAUGUUACCUUGGUGAAUAUGAGCAAGGAAUUUAUUUGUACGUGCCGAUGUUAAUAUUAAUAAUAUGUAACUGCAUAUUAUAUUUGAUGACUGUGUUCAAUAUAUGCCGAUCGAAUAAUUCCAAUCAUAUGCUCCGAUCGCAAUCUUCCGCAGCGACUAAAAAUAGUCGAAAUAUGUUUUUCGUCUUCCUCAAGAUAUCAAUAAUUAUGGGAAUCAGUUUUAUAUUGGAAAUAGUCAGUUUCUAUUUUCCGAAUAUUGAAUUUUGGUACAUAACAGACGCAUAUAAUAUACUUAUAGGAGUUGCUUUCUUUGUUAUAUUUGUUUGCAAAAGAAGAGUUUUACGUAUGUUAAACAAAAAGUUCAAAGGAGAACAUCAAAACAAAUUUUCUUUGGUGAAUAUGUCGCAAACCGAACGUAAAUGAGCUAACAACGAUCACAACAAACUUGAGCAUUUUAUAAAAUUCAAAAUGGCGGAUUAUACAUUGAUGUUUUUUCCUUGAUAUUAUUUUUUUAACGUACUUUAAUAUAUUAAGGAAAAUGUUGAUAGAAUGAUUCAGCCGGAUAAAAAAGAUGGCUCGUAGUUUUACGUUUAUUGAAUAGUUUAAGCGAAAAAUUACGAAAUGUAAUCGAAGUCGAAAAAUGAAAAAUUCGAAAUUCAGCGUUCUAAAUGUUGGUACACUGACUGCACAAAUCUGAUAACUUUAUAAAAGUUAAUAAAGUCAUCAGUGUUUAAUUAGAUAGACGUAUGUUUA